AUGGAGGAAAGGGAGGGUGAUGUUAUGAACUUCAUGGCUCUUGGUUAUGAAAAAUCUCGGUCGAUUUCAAAGUUAGAACUGGAACUAGAACCACUACUUCGCCCAAACCCUCGUCGGUUUGUGAUAUUGCCAAUCCAAUAUCCGGAUAUCUGGCAAUUUUACAAAAAGGCUGUUGCUUCAUUCUGGUCAGUUGAAGAGGUUGAUUUGUCCAAAGACAUUGUGCAAUGGGAUGCACUUAAGCCAGGAGAGCGACAUUUUAUAUCGUACGUUCUCGCUUUCUUCGCUGCCAGUGAUGGAAUUGUGCUGGAAAAUCUGGUGGAACGGUUUAGUCAAGAAGUUCAAGUACCCGAGGUCCGAUGCUUUUACGGCAUGCAGAUGGCAAUAGAAAAUAUUCACUCGGAGAUAGAUUUCUUGUUUAAUGCCAUCACAAACCUCGAUUGUGUACACAAAAAGGCGCAGUGGGCCCUUGACUGGAUUGGUGAUACAAAGUCAACGUUUGCCGAGCGUAUUGCAGCCUUUGCUGCAAUCGAAGGAGUCUUCUUUUCCGGCAGUUUUGCGUCUAUAUUUUGGCUUAAGAAGCGUGGCCUGAUGCCAGGCUUGACCUUCAGCAAUGAACUUAUUAGUCGCGACGAAGGCCUUCACACCGACUUUGCUUGCCUUCUGUUCAAACAUAUCGUGAAAAAGCCCGAUAAGGAACGUGUUUAUGCUAUAUUCAAGGAGGCAUUGGAGAUAGAAAAGGCUUUCUUUAAUGAGGCCUUACCCGUAAAACUGAUUGGCAUGAACUGUGAUAUGAUGUGCCGUUACCUCGAAUUUGUUGCCGAUCGCUUGCUAUACGAGCUUGGUUACGAGAAGAUUUGGAAUGCUGAGAAUCCCUUUGAUUUUAUGGAGAAUAUCUCGAUCGAGGGCAAAACAAACUUCUUUGAGAAGCGUGUUGGGGAAUACCAAAAAGCGAACAUUAUGUCUCGAGCCAGAGGCGAAGAGACACAUACGUUUACUACUGAGGCGGAGUUUUGA